AUGAAAGAGGAUGCUGCUGCAGCUGCUGGCAUCCGUGUUUUACCCGGUAUGCUUCACCGGGCAAGCCUUGGCUAUCAAGGAUCCAGCCUUGAUUCGGUCGUGCUUCAUGUAACACGGCUGCUGCCAGGUGUGAGCCAGCCCAUCCACCAGCAGACGCACUUACAUCAGGGUUCUGUGCUUCUGCUUGGUCCGAUCAGCAGCGGGAAGACUACGAUUCUCCGAGACCUCGUCGCAAGCCUCACUCUCCAGCACCAGGUUGUGCUCGUGGAUUUCAUGGCAGAGCUGCAUGCCUCCGCCUUCCACCCAGCCCGGACGAUCGUCCCCACAGAGCCCUUGGACCGGGUGCCUUUCGUUCAAAAAGUCAUCCAAGAGCAGAGUCUGGAGGUUGCUGGGACUGAUCACCUUUUCUUGUAG